AUGCCGCACCAGCGGGCGCAGCAGCAGCAGCAAAGCGUGGCCGGCAUCGCGCAGACGGGGGGCUGGCAGCUAGACGUUGACCAGGGGUUCAAGGCCGGGCGCAGCGCGGACGAGAGCGAUGAGGAGGGCGAGGGCGUCCCGCAGUCGCUGCCAGGCGCCGCUGGCUCUGAUGACGAGGAGGAGCGCGAAUAUGAGCGCAACGCAUCGGCGGCGUUUUGCAGGGCAUUUGAGCGAGAGGCAGAGGAGGACGAGUUCGACACAAUGGCAGUGGAAGGAAUGGGCAUGCGGGCCCCCAGCGGCGCUGCCGCCGCAAUGCCGGCGCUCUCGACAGAGGUGCUGGAUGACAACCCCUUUGACCGGCUGACGUCGCUCAGGCGGCCCCAGGCGCAGGAAACGGCUGCGGGCGCGGGCGCGGGCGCGGAUGCGGGCGUCGGCGCAGCGCCCGCCGCGCCGCCUAGCGCCACGCGUCAUCAUGGGGGCGGCGGCGGCGGCGGCGGCGGGCCUGAUGCGAUGGAAGCAGAUGGCGAAGGGCGGGAGGGCGAUGCCAGGUCGCGGCCGCAGCCGCCGGAGAUAAAUGCGGCCGGCCCCUCCGGGCGCGCCUUGGCAACCGCCGUGCCCGAGCCGGCGCCGGCGCGCGGCGGCCGGAGAGUGACAUUCGACCUGCCAUCCCCCAUCUCCAACGGCGGCGGCGGCGGCGGCAGGGGCCCGGACGCCGGCGGCGGCAGGGGCAGGGGUGCCGGGGGCGGCCACGGCGGCGGGGGCGGAGGCGGCGGCCGAGGGGGCAGGGGCGGGCGGCGCGUGCCAGAUCACGUGGCGCAUCCCGAGAAGUACACCGUGUACGUGCUGGAUGAGCCGGUGUUCGUGGGGCAGGGCGACAAGGGGCGCGGCGGUCGCGAGGACGCAGACAACGAGCGGGCAGCGCGCAGCGCGCAGCAGGCAGCGGCGGCCAGCGACGGCCCGAGCGAGCACGACCCUGAGCGCUUCCGCGGCGAUUUCGGGGCUGGCGGCUUCAAAUUCCAGCCCUCAGUCAAGCGGCAGCGCAGCGGGAAGCCAGAAGGCGGUGGCGAUGGCUACGUGGCCGGAGCGGUGGCUGCGGCGGCUGCAGCGGCGGCGAGCAGGGGGGCGUAUGCUGAAGAGGACCCGGCUGAUGCGCAAGCAGAAGUGACGACCCUAGGGGCUGCGACGAACGGCAGCUCAGCGGCGACCCAGCCUGUGGCCACUGCAGCAGCGGGGCAAGCGGGCAAGGCAGUGCCCUCUGCGAUGGAGGUCGACGAAAGCGCCAGUGGGGACGGCGCGCAAGAAACGCCGCCUGAUGCGGCAGAUGGCGGCAGUGGCGCCCUGGCUGUUGCGGCGGCGGGCAGCAAGGGCGGUCGCCGGCGCAACUACCGGACAGCGAAGGCGGCAAGUGGCGCGGAAUGA